AUGUUAACAAGUGCUAAGCUCCUCUUUGCGGGAUGUGUUAUCCUUGUUUUUCUAGUCCAAUUAAACCACACCUGUCAUGCUAUAAGCAACAAUUCGUGCCCUUCUUCCUCUUGUGGCCACAUCUCCAACAUAGACUACCCUUUCCGAUUGAAAACUGAUUCUGCAAACUGUGGCCGGAAAGAGUAUGAACUUGCUUGCGAGAAUAACGUUCCUGUAGUAUACUUAUCUUCAGCAAAAUAUUAUGUCAAGGAAAUCAAUUACAAUAACUUCAAAAUCCGACUGGCUUAUUUCGAUGUGCAAAACGAUAACUACUGCUCUCUGCCUCCUUAUCCAUCAACAGCCACAUAUUCUUUUUUCUGGUCAUACAAUUCGUAUGCGGAAACUUAUAAGGGCUAUUUAUAUCAGGACUUGGUUUUCGUAACUUGUCCAAAGCCAGUAAUUUCUGAAGUUUAUGUGGAUACUUCUCCUUGCAAUAUCACUUGCAAUUCCUCUUCUUCCUCUCCUAAUUUGGAAAUGAAAGGUUAUUCAUAUGUUAAAGUUGGGUCUGACGAUGCAAUGGAUUUGAAGGAUUCUUGCCGUAUCGAGCGAAUCUAUAUUACGUCUUUGUUGCCAAGAGAUGCAAAGAACGUUUCCUAUGCAGAUGUUCACCGCAGUUUGGUAUAUGGGUUUGAGCUUUCAUGGUUUUGGUGGGGAUGCUGUUGGAAUAACUCAGAAAACCUUUGCAAGCUUGAUGCUGCCACCAGCAUCCGCCACGGCUGCCAUUCUGGAACGGGCUAG